AUGACUCUAUGCUGGAGUAAACAGCCCCCCGCAGAGCGGGUUCCUUAUGGCAUCCCCCAGCUCGAAGGUGAGCGGAUCACCAUUCCCGGCAGCAAAGGUGUUUUCCGUAUUCUCGCCUCCUCGAAACAAACCAAUGGCUUGAUGGCCGUUUUCCAGAGUGCCGCAGUCCUCUCCGACGCGCCUGGCUUCCAUUACCAUAACCACGCACACGAUGUUUUCCUAGUGACAAAGGGCUACUUGAAGCUGUGGAAUGGUGACAAGUGCCGAAUCAUGGGUCCUGGUGACUUUGCAUAUGUCCCUCCUAAAGUCGUUCACAACCCCGAAAUGAUCGGGCCUCACACUGAAACCUUUGGUCUUAUCACCCCCGGCGACUGGAUCGACUUCUUCCGCUAUGUCUCAGAGCCGUACGACGGACUGGUUCUACCGGAGGACGAUAACCGGGAUCUCAAGUCCAUUCUGAUCCCAAAGGUGAUGGCCGCCAAGGAACAGUUUGAUGUGGUGUUCCAGCCGCACUACCAACCCCCCGCGCUGGGAGAAUGGGACGCUGACGACGAGAAACUGCCGGAGUCCCAACAGGGCUACUAUCUGCGGUCGAACACGGGGCCCAAAUGGAUGUGUGGGGGGGUCAUGUCGCGGCCAUUUAUCACGACGACCCAGAGCAACAACGUCUGCGCCAUCUCCAGCAUCGAGUCAUCCAGCGACUACGGCCGCGAGUCGAUAUUAUCCAGCUUCAUGACGUUCGAGGCCGUAGACCACUGCCUCUCCGUGCAGGAGGGCACCUUGACUGUCCGUCUCAAGGGCCUAGCGGACGCUGUGGUCCGCGAGGGCGAAACGGUCGUCAUCCCCGCAGGGCAGCCGUUUGCUCUCCGCUUUGACAGCAAAUACGUACGCGUCUGGUCCUUUACGGACGGCGAUGGGAUCGAGGCGCUGAUUCACCGGGUGGGGCAGCCGUACAAGGGUGUCGUUUUGCCGGACAAGAUGCCGGAAUGGAGCCGGGAGGGAGUGGCAGCAGCAGCAUCAAGCAUCAGGCUUCAAAUUGAUUUAUAA